AUUUGCGGCUUCACAUCGCCUCGAUACAUCUCUUUCACGGGGCGGACGAAGAAGAUUUUGUGAAAUUACCAAUCACAGAUUAUUCUUGUGUGCGAUACAUUUCUGUCCGGGGUCCUGGAUUUACACAGAGGAGGAGCGGGGAGCCGAUCAUCCGUCGUUCUCUUGGUACCAGGGAGCACGUGACCCCGGAGAUGAACAAGCUUCGUCAGAGCCUGAGGAGGAAGAAGCCCACCUACGUGCCAGAGGCCAGCAGACCACAUCAGUGGCAGGCAGAUGAGGAGGCCGUACGCAAGGGCAAAUGUAACUUUGCUGUUCGGUACCUGGGGCUGGUAGAGGUGGAGGAGUCGAGAGGGAUGCAUGUAUGCGAGGAGGCAGUGAAGAAGCUCAAAGUUAGUGGGAAAAAGACAGUAAAGGCAGUAUUGUGGGUUUCAGCUGAUGGACUCAGGGUGGUGGAUGACAAAACUAAGGACCUCAUAGUGGACCAGACCAUAGAGAAGGUUUCGUUCUGCGCUCCUGAUCGUAACUAUGACAAGGCCUUCUCCUACAUCUGUCGAGACGGGACCACCAGACGGUGGAUGUGCCACUGCUUCAUGGCUCUCAAAGACUCGGGGGAGAGACUGAGCCAUGCAGUUGGCUGUGCCUUUGCCGCCUGUCUGGAAAGGAAGCAGCGCAGGGAGAAGGAGUGCGGCGUCACGGCGUCCUUCGAUGCCAGUCGCACUUCAUUUGUUCGUGAGGGCUCCUUCCGUGUAAACUCCUCCUGCAGCCAGCAGGGCAGCAGCAGCGAGCGGGAUGACAAACUGCAGGACAAGAAGAAAGACCAGCCCUCUGCUAUCCCAUCUCUUCCACCUGGCACUGCCUCCCCACCCGAGGGUGCAGCGUCCCCCAUGGACCGCCCGGAACCAGGUGGGCCUCACGCCAUCCCUCGCCGCCACGCGCCCAUUGAGCAGCUGGUGCGUCAGGGCUCGUUCCGGGGAUUCCCAGCACUCAGCCAGAAGAACUCCCCCUUCAAGAGGCAGCUGUCGCUCCGCCUCAACGACCUGCCAUCCACACUGCAACGAAAGACUGACUUCCAGGCCAAGAACCCUGAGAUGGAUAUGGGGUUGCCAUGUGAGGGAGACAGUAGUAUUAAUGCCCUGUGUAGCCAGAUCAACACCUCCUUCACUAAGCCAUCGGACGACCUCUUCUCCAACCCCUCUAUGUCUGCAAAUGGCCCUCCAACCUGCACUGUGCCCCCUGUACUGCCUCCACCACCUGCACCGAUGCAGGCCACUUCUUCCUGGGUGCAGCCAGAGCCUCCACUCCAGUCUCCUCCUCCAGUUUCCGUGGCGAUGCAGAUGCAGAGCGGACACAAACGCACACCCUCCGAGGCUGAACGAUGGCUGGAGGAAGUCUCCAAGGCUGUCAAGGCCCAACAGACCCCUCCACCAGGUCCCACCAUCCCCACCAUUCCUGGGCCACCCACAAUGUCAAGUCAUCAGAUGUCCAGUCAGGCAGCCAUAGCAGCUGCCCCAGUGUCCACUGUCUCCGUGUCCCUAGGCACCAUGGCCAAACCCCUCAUCUCGGGCCCCUCUGCCCUCUCUAGUCAGGCUCCAAUGCCCCUUCCACCGAUGUCAAUAUCAUCAGUUCCUCUAAUACCAGGCCCUCCAGUGUCAGGGCCCCCUAUGUCUCUUCCCUCCAUGUCCAUCCCCACCAUGUCUGGCCCAAGCAUGUCUGGGGCCCCCAUGAUCCAACCCUCUCUUCCUGGGCCUCCAGGCUCCCUUCCAAGCUCCAUGCAGCCCUUCCCCUUGGCUUUUGAUGCUACGCCCGCCCCUGUAGGAAUGUUUGCCAGCCAGCCUGUCCAGCCAUCAUUUGUGCCCAUGCAGACCUACAUGCCAGGCCUGGCCAGCAGUAUGACCUAUCCCAACGCCAGUGUGCCUGUAGUGGGCAUCACACCAUCACAAAUGGUGGCCAACGUCUUCUGCACUGCUACAGGCUCGUCAGGUGCAGGCGGAGCCAUGGGCUCGACUGGAGGAGGACCCAAAAUGGGGGCAGUAGGAACAGUUGGCCAGCACCAUUCUUACCCAACAGUACCUGGUGCAGUUGGGCCCAGUGGAGGGUUUUCUACACCACCAUUCUCUUCCACUCCGCCAUUAUCAUCAGCCAUAAAUGGCCUCCCACCACACAGCAGCGCCAUGAUGGCCCUCCAGAAUGGGACCUCCAGCAGUGGCGGAAAUGGUGGCAGCAGUAGCAGCUGGCCACCAGAGGGCAGCCAGCUAACAGCUCCGGUAGCCAGCGAUUCUCAAGACGACGAUCGUUUUGAGGCCAAGUGGGCAGCACUGGAGACCAAACCAGCGCCUCAGCAACCAGGGAAUAAGGCGCCAGCUGCAGCAGCCAACCCAUUUUCCAACAAUCUGCAAAAGACUUUUGAGAUUGAGCUCUAAGACAGACUCCACCUCCCAAAGCUGUAGUGCUAGCCCUGGAGUUAAAGCCUGAGAUAGCCAGGCACUAAUUCCAGCAUCUCUGCGUAGAAUGGGAUGCAGGUCCUUACAGUUAGCCUAGCAUCUGAACCCUGGCAGCCUGGCAACUGCCUAAAAGUUCUCAUAGGAGUCAGUACUAUAAUGAUCUUAAUUGCUUUCUUUACACUCCCAUGAGAGCUUGGGAGGAGGCUGGCAGAUUGCUAGGCUGCCACUGGAGGAUCAGGUCUCUAGUUCACUGAACUUGAUGGACUGAUACUUCUACUCCACCUGCUACCUGCCUCUCUUUCCUGCUUUCACUUUUCCACUCUGGCUUUACUUUACCUGCUGCAAGCCCCUGGAUGUACUGUACGUGCCCUUUUGAGGAAGUUGUGGAGGGACACAGUUCAGUGGUUUCUUUCUUUAAAAGGGGACUCCACUCAGACGCAUUCCAAUCCCAUGAGAUGUUUUUGCUGGUUUUGUUUCUGGUGGAGAUUUUGGUGGAGAAUUAGUGGACAUGCAGAGAUAUGAAGAGAACUGAUUUGUUGACUGAUGAUCAGACUGAUGCUGAUCUUAGCCAAGCACAGCAGAAGUUGGGAUACCUGAAAGGACUCACCAAUGAUGUAAGACCCAACCCUACCAACCCAAAAGGACUUACUGACCAAUAGUAGAGAUUUAUGGCCAAAAUUAUUUUAUUUAUUGUAUUUUAUUUUUUACUUUAACAAGUUAUAUAUACUUAAAAGUCUAAAUUUUAAAGCAGUGUUUCAGGAGCGUGUUGUUUUUUAUCCCCCAUAUUUAUUUUUUUUGAAGCUUAAAGAGGAGGGAAACUACACGUAGCAGACAAGUAACAGGUAUGAAUGUGCAGCAGUAGAGGGAAAGCGCUGUGGGAAACUGAGUCAUGUAACAAGAACCAAAUAGCCAGGGCUGACAGUACAGCGGUGUGUAGUGCGACAUGUGAAACAGUAAGUGUACAUAGCGGCAUGUUUCUUCCACCCGUUAGCCCUCACGUAAAUAAGCUCCACUGCUGCAGAGGGCCAGUUGAGUCAGUAUGGCUUUAAUUUGGCUAUGUAACCCAUUUCUGUUGCUAAAGCCUUCCCUCAAGGGCACUGGGACAUGAAAAAUCACUUCAGGAGCUCCAGCACACAGACACUCUGGACAAUAUGGCACAACAGUCCUUUGGACUCCAUCAUCUACAGACAAACCCAAGGAACUUUUAACAACUCAGUGGAAAAAAAACAAAACAAAACAACAACUUUACAACACUGUGCAACUGGUUGAAAAAAUGAUGCACUACAUUCCAACUUUCAUAAAUCCUCUAAUGUGCUCAAACACAGGGUAUAUCCUCAUCACAUACAGUAUGAUUGUGUAUUCACCUCUACUGCAGUACUCCUGUAUCAGCUGCAGUAGUACUGCACUCAUAAUGGAUGUUGGGAUUGAUGAUUAUGUGUGAAAAGAGAAGAGGAACAUGAGCAGACAUAGAGUAAGGCAUGGCAAAUGAGAGAAGAAGAGCAGCGACAGAUCUAUGAUGCAGAACCAAAAUUUGAUUGAUAGACUGACAGGAAGAGAAAACAUAGAACAGCUGAAGAAUAGAGGAAAGAAGGAAGGAUAACAUGUACGUGAGAGCCUGAAGGAGAGAAUGGAGCUAUACCUUUAAAAAGAGAGAUGGAGGAAGUCUGAAGGAAGGAAAAUGAGAUGAUAUGUGAUAAAAGGGAGAGAGACUGUGUGAAAAUAUUAAGAACAAAGACACAUUCAUCACAGAGCCCACAAACAGAACACUGUCUACCGUUUUUACAUCUUCUUUUUUGCCUGAAGGCCAAGCCACUUCCAUUUCAGCAUCACGUUCCUCAACUCUUCAAACCUCGUAAACAACAUUUUUGAUUAUAUUUAAAAAAAAAAAAAACGUUGCUUUUUAUAUAAUUGCAGUCUCAUAAACAAGAUUUUUUUCAAA